AUGCGUCGGAGACGUCGUGCCAACAAUGAACUACCCGAAGAAUCAGAGAAACGCAUAGACAAAACAAUGAUGCGCAAAAACGCGAUGACUAUACUCGAAUGUUCUACAGCGUGGGCCUUUCGACCGGAUGACGAGGAUAGAAGAACAAUAGCGAUUAAAUGGAAAAAGAAACCACGUAUAAUAGGUGAAAAGGCUAACGCUGCCCUAAUUCUAGAAUGUUCAAACGCUGUUGCGUUUAGGUGGAUGCGUGGAAAGUUUAUGUGCGCUUACUGCCCCAAGUUAUGCGCAGAUCUCAACGAAGUGCGAUCCCAUACAAAAAUUCAUGAUAAACUAGAUAUUGUUGAAAAACCAACCGCUCGGACGGUCAAGAAAUAUGUAUGGAAACGGCGACGGAGGGUGUAUAACGAUCAUAGACAUAAUGCCGCAAUUAUUAUAGAGCACUCUAAUGUAUGCCCCUUCCGAUGGAAACGCGGUGCGUUCGCUUGUUCCCACUGUCCAAGGACAUUCGGACAUUUCGACGAUGUUUACAAUCAUACGCAAGAACAUCCUGACCGAUUAGAUGCUAUGCACUACGCUCGACCUUACGACACUGUCAAAGUAGAAGUAACUGAUCUAAAAUGUGCUAUUUGCUACGCUAAAAUGAACGAUUUGAUCCACCUAAAGGACCAUCUGUUAAAUAUUCACCAACAGCCCAUAGCCAAAGAUUUGGACAUAGGAGUGACUCCGUUCAUUUUGCGAAACAAAGAAAUGCUUUGCGCUCAUUGCUCGAAGCGUUUCUCUCUAUUUUCCAAGCUAAACAGUCACAUGAACGAGCACUAUCCGAAUAACAUUUGCUUCCACUGUGGAAAAUCCUUCACCGCUGCCCAUAGAUUAAAAGCGCAUCAACUUACCCACGAAUCCAAUGAACAAGCUCAUAAAUGUACUAAAUGCGACGAGGUUUUUGAGACACGAAGGAAAUCAGCAGUCGUUGAAAUAAAACAGGAAACGGAAAUAAUUACUGAGAACAAUGCUCUGCUGGGUGUUGUGAAACCUAUAGAAAUUGAUCAAAGGGCAGAGGGUAAUGCCCGACGAGCGGCAUUUAGGAAGAAUAUAAAGAUAAUCAUGACCUCGAGCACUGCCUGCCCAUUUAAGUACAGGAAAGGCACUUACCUAUGUUUCUUUUGUAAAAGUACGUUUCUGGAACCGGAAAAGCUAAGAGAGCACACGCGGGCAACACAUGUAGAUUUAAUGUUCAAACUCAAAAAAUAUGAGCCACUGAAAAUAGAUUUUGCAACGACGACUUGCCGCUUGUGCGGAAUACAAAUAAACGAUUAUUCAACGUUGAAAGCUCAUUUGAAUGAUCAUGGGAAGGAGCUGGAUGACACAUACGGAGAAUCCGUGUUGCCGUACAAGUUGAGCCGAGACGAGCACUGCUGCCAGAUGUGCGGUAAGCGAUACGAAAUGUUCCUGAGCCUCCACAAACACAUGAACGACCACUACGAGCAUUUUAUUUGCGAAACGUGCGGCAAAGCUUUUGUGACUAUGCAGCGGAUGUUGAACCAUUCCCGUACGCACGAGCGCAGGGAUUUCCCCUGCAAGCGUUGCGGGGAGACUCUGACGUCAUACGCUAGUCUGUACGCUCACACAGCGAAGGUCCACCGUUUAAACAAGAGAUACAAAUGUCCGAUUUGUGAUGAAAAGUUUGCGUCGUACAAAUAUAGAAUGAAGCAUCUGAAUACGGUUCAUGGGGAAAAAACUGCGCUAUUCCCUUGCCCGUCGUGUCCAAAAGUGUUCGACCUCUGUAGUCGUCGCACCGCCCAUAUACGAUCUCAUCAUUUGCAAGAGAGAAACCACAGUUGCUCAGUUUGCGGAAUGAAGUUCUUCAGUAAUUACGAGUUACAAGAACAUAGUAUUAAGCACGCAGGUGCUAGAAUAUAUCAGUGUGACGUGUGCAAGAAAUCCUACGCCAGACUAAAGACUUUGCGUGAACACAUGAGGAUCCAUAAUAAUGAUAGAAGAUUCGUUUGUCCAGUAUGUGGACAGUCUUUCAUUCAGAAGUGCAGUCAAAUUGAGGACGAUAAUGGCGUAGAGACUUUAAAAAUGGAUAUAUGCGCAGAAAACGAAAGAAAGCUAAAUGAGUCUACAAAAGUCAAGAAGCGGAAUGUCGCCGUACUGCUAGAAAACACAGGGAUUUGUCCAUUUAGAUGGAUGAAGAAUUUGUUUAUAUGCAUUUACUGCGACAGACAGUUUACUGAUCCGGCGCUUUUAAGACAUCACAAUUUAGAGCACGAUAGGCAAACGUCAGCACAAAUAAAAGCAGCUUUACCUAAGCUGAAAAAAUACGAAUUAGUUAAGGUUGAUAUAUCAGAUUUGACUUGCAAACUGUGUGCCAAAGAAGCUAAUAACUUUGAGGAUCUAAAGCAACAUUUGAUAGACAAGCAUAACUUUAGCGGUGAUCUCAAAAUAGAAGAUGGUGUACUUCCAUUUAAAAUAAGCACGGACUCUUUACCGACGGAUAGACCGACGCCAGCUAAACGAAUAGUUCCUCUAUUUCAAGUGGCCUACGAUCGGAGCCUUUGUAAACCUUUGGGAACUGUGACUGCCUUCAGAAAGUUAAGACUAAAAGACCGGAUCAACACACCAUCUCCUCUUACAAUGAGAGAUUAUACGCCAUCGCGGAGUCCAUCGCCAGUGUCUAUUACUCAAAGGAAUCCAUCUCCUGUGGAAGUUCCACGAACCGUGAAAGUUUUAGCAGCCAAAAAGCACUCAGAUUAUCGACAGAACGCUUUAACGGUUUUUGAAUUCUCCACAGUUUAUCCAUUUGUGUAUGGAAAUAACAAAUUCAAAUGUUUCGUUUGCGCUGAACCUUUUUUAGAAACAUUACUUUUAAGGCAACAUAUGAAUGAAACCCAUACGUUUGCACCUCUGAAACGUUUAGUUAACAAUAGAAGGGAAAACGUCCUCAAAGUAGAUGUGGGUGAGCUAGAAUGCAAACUAUGCUCAGUGAAGCCCAAAGACUUAUUACAGCUUAAGUAUCAUCUAAAAGAAGAUCACCAGAAACCUAUAGACCCCGAUUUACAAGACAAUAUGAUACCGUUUAAAUUAGAGGAAGAAGAUGGUGCAUAUAAGUGUGUUAUAUGUGAAGGAGUGUUUAUAAAAGUUCGGAUUUUAGUUAUACACAUGAGCGUGCAUUUCAGUAAUUACAGCUGUGAGAUUUGUGGAUCAGGAUUCAUGACAUUGCGGUUGUUGAAGAAGCAUCUAGAAGUGCAUGAGACCGGGAAUUUCCCAUGCGACAGAUGCGUCAUCAUAGAGACUGAUUCAUCGAUAGUCAUAAAGGAUGAUGAUGGAAGUGAGAUCAAACUCAAACUACUCAAGAAACCCAUUAAAAUUGAAGAUCUAAUAUGUGAAUACGAAGAUAAAAAGGAAACACCAAAUCAAGACUUGAUUUUAAACGAUAUAGGCGGGAUGAAACGAAAAAAGUUCAAAAAACGUAAUGUAACUGGAUCAGUGAAACAUAAUAUAGAAAAAAUUAACGCUGUUUCGUAUUUAAAAGAACCAUUGGCCCUUGAUGAGAUGUGUCCCAGGACUUGCCCAAUUUGUCCCGAGAGAUUUAACUCGAAUUACCAAAGAACGAAACACUUGCGAAUUGUCCAUAACCAAACCUCGGGGCUGUUUAAAUGCGAAACCUGUGCAAGGGAGUACGACUUGAAAUAUCAGCUACUUAUACACAUAAGAUCUGUACACAUGCAAGAGAGGAAUCAAGAAUGUGGGAUCUGCCAUUCAAGGUUCUUCUCAAAGUACUGUUUAUCAAGGCACAUGAUGAUACAUACAGGAGAGAAGAAUUUUAAGUGCGAGGUCUGUGGGAAAGCUUACGCAAGGAGGAAGAAUUUAAAGGAGCAUAUGAAGUCUCACGAGAUCGGCCAAGUGUGCUCCGUGUGCUGUCUGGACUGCGGGGAUCAUGCUUCGUUGGUCGUACAUUUGAGUCGUUCACAUGGACUAGCGUAA